GUACCGUCUGAUAUGCAUCAGUCUACUGAGAUCUUUGCGAAAAUGAGUUGUGGAGGUCAGCAAGCGCAGCAAGUUCAGCGAGUUGGGGGAGCAAGUGAUGCCAGGACACCUACUAAGGAAGAUCAAGCGAUUCUUGACAAGGUGAAAGAUGCAUUUGUGAAGCAGUCCGCGACACACCCCAGCGUAUUUAAGGCCGUCCUCGUCAGUACUCAGGUUGUUGCCGGAAAAAAUUACUUUUUCAAGGUUGAGACUGGAGCUAACACUUAUAGCAACGUUAAAGUGUUCGUACCUCUGCCUCAUGAAAACGCUGGACCGUCUUUGGUGGCAUUCCAGCUGAAUAAGAAAAAGGAUGAUAAACUGGGAUUUUUCUAAGAUGGAGAUGACGACGACGACGACAUUGAAUUAUAUGCCGGGUGGUCCUUCUGUAUCCAAAUUUGUCCUGUAAUCCUCUUCAUCUCUCCUCCUUCUGAAGUUCCUUCACUCCCUUCCUCUUAUCACCAUCCCCACUAUCACUCAACUCAGAGCUACAAAAGACAAACUUGCAUCUGGUAUGUCUUUUCAGUUCAGAUCUCAAGUAAAAUUCCCUGUUUGUACCGUGUUUCCCUGAAAAUAAAACCUACCCCGAAAAUAAGACCUAGCGUUAUUUUCCAGGAGGGCUGCAAUAUAAG